AUGACAGAAAGGGUAACUACAAGAUGAUGAUACUCCAGAGGAGUGGCAAAGCUAGUCCCUUCUUUGACGAAAUGAGAGUUGUGCAAGGUCUAUGUUCAUACCUCAUGUAUAGGGCCAGUCACUCUCCCAUAUAACUGUAUCACUUGUAAACAGAAGAAUAACCCCACUUGUGUUAUAUGCGGCGAAGACAAAGGUAUCAUGAAAAAGAUUAGUAAUUUUAGAGAUAGUUCAAAGAAGACUGAAUACAUCCAUAUUAUAUGCGGGCUUCUUAGCGAUCAUGCCCUAGUUACUGACUGGAACACUAUGAAAUUACAAGUCAACUUUGACUCUCUUGAAGAUAACGAAAAUUCAGAUAGCGACCAAAAAUGAUCAAUUUGUGGCAAAAAUAAUGGGCAAUUAUUGACUUGCGAAAAAUGUCCACUCAAAGCUCACCCCUAUUGUGCUAUGGAGACCCGAUUUCAGACAUCUCAGAAAAGCAAAGAAGCCAGUGAAGUUGAUAAUGAUACCCAAAAUGCUGAUUCCCAAUCUGAAGGCGACCCUCCAGUUCCUUUCUGGAAAAUCAAGAUAUUUAACAAAAUAAAUCCAGAAAUAAUUCCUAAGGAGACUCGUGAAAAGAUUAUCUUUACAGUUCCAGUACCAUACGAAGAUCCUUUAAGCCAGGAAGAAUCUGAAGAAGAGAAGGAUUCCAAGAAUGAAGAAAACCAAACCAAGACAAGCUCCCAAGAAAAUUCUCAAAAAAGUGACAAAUUUCAAUACAAAGAUAACUUUUGGAAAAGAGGUGGAUACAUUUCAGUUAGAUGCCCACUGCACAAGCCUAAGCCCAAAGAAUGAUUCUGACACUACGAUCAGUACCAAUACGAUGAGAAGUAUGAAGAUGAACUAGAGACUGACUCUAAACAAGACAAUGCAAGACCUAAUACCCCUGGUGACGGACUAGUAAUUUGCUGAGACCAUUGAGGUAUCUGGCAUCACUGCUCUUGAGAAGAAAUCAACCCUGAUUUGAUUAACACAUAUGAUACUUACAAGUGAAAGAAGUGAUCAGAAUGGGAAGAUUUUAAGAAAACCACACUUUUAGCAAUAAUGAUCAACCAAGAUCCGAUCCAGCAGUGAGAUUUUGCGUUUCCAGUCAAACCUUAUACUUUUCAAAUGUUCGAAUACAUGGAAUGAGCUAGAGCUAUUUUCUGUAAGUCAGCUUACAUUUUUGAUAACAGAACAAAGCUUGCUAAAAAGUCAACAAUUUAUGCAGAUAUUCUCAAAAAUCUUGAAAGGAUGCCUUUCCCAUUUGACACAGUCCGGGAGCUGUGCAUGGAGAAGCUCAAGUCAUCACUCGGUGGUGAGAAUAUGGCUCUGGAAGAGCUAAAGAAAUACGAAUACAAGAUAUUCAAAAAAGUCUUUGACAAGGAUCUAAACACUGAUGAAGAAGCUUUGAAAUAUAACAGAAACAUCUUUAGUAAUCUAAAGUAUCUUGCUGAUACUUAUAUCAACGCCAAAAUAAUUAAAAGGAGGAAGAUGAAUCCUGACUAUCUGAACUGCCUCAAAUGAAUGAAGCUCCUCGCCCUGAGUGCUCAGAUGAGAGAUAUCGUAAUCUACGGCGAACUAUAUACCAUUCAAGAACUUGUAGACAUGCAUAGAGAAGUAUCAGAGAUAUUUUUUCCAAGUCAGACAAACUUAGAAGAAGUCACAUGGGACUUACGAGAGGAAUUCCUUACUGUUACUGGAGCCAUUAUUCAAGACUACAACAUAUGGAAGGCUGAACUUCUAAAGAUCGUUAAAUCCCAGCAAGAAAAGAUGGGGAAGAUCCAAUAUCAUCUCGGAAAUAGGAUCGAGUAUAAGAUAGAGAGUGAAAAUUUCAAAAAACUAGGCUUGACUGAAAAGUUUCGAAAUUCUAGCCAAGUCAUUGUACGGUGGGAACUUCUCAUCCAAAACAAGCCUAGCUACAAAGAAAUUAUCGAUCAUUUUGAGAAGGCAAAGCAAAGCUUGAUGGUCAACACUUUAGAGGAGCAGGAACUCUUUGAAGAAUUUAUUGGUCACAUUGACAUAUGGACCACCAAAUAUCAGAUAGUGAAGUCAAAUAACCUCCCUGAAGAAAUGGAGCUAAUCGAAAUCCAAAUGUUGUUAGAAGAGGCAGCUGAAACUUGCCUGUUUAAAUUUCCUGAACUAAUAAAAGCUCUUGAAGAGUAUAAAGCUAGCCUCAAUACAUUUCUCCAAUUUGAUCAUUACAUCAACAAUGUUGUGAGUCUAUCCAAGCUCAGGAAGUUUAUUAACAAGUUUAAAGAAAACAGUCAAGAUGUUAAUCCAGAAAUGCUACAGAAGUGUAAGGGCAAGUACAAGAAGGGGAAGGAAUAUAUUACCAGCCUUGAAAAUGAUACUAAAAAUAUCAAUACUUUGAGCUUAUUUCUGACCAAUAUCAAGCCCAGGCUUGAUGCUGAGAAUGGACCAAAGGUAAAGUUCAGUCCUUCCCUCAAAGCAGCCAUAAAUGGAAAGCAUCGGAUCUUAAAGAUAAAGGAAUACCUCAACAGGGGCAAGCCUGUAAAUUUAUCUCUAAAUGAUAUUUAUCAAAGUAUAACUCUGUUUAGCCAAGUUUAUCCUGAUUUUAUACCAGAAAAAAUCCUACAGCCCCUGCACAAAAGACUCGUAGCCACAAUGGAUGAGAUUCCAAAGCUAGUCAGGAUAAUAUCAUCCCCUGAAGCACCAGAUUUCUUUGAAAAGCUUCUUAAAAUAAAAAAGCGGAUCUUAUACAACGGGAUUAUGCCUACAAGUAUCCACAAGAUGAUAAAAUCUUGGGCGGUGUGUAAAGAACUUGAGACGGAAAUUACCCAAGAAAUGCAAGGAUUCUCGCCAAAAGAGAUUACUUACCAAGACAUUAUUGUAUGUCUUGAAGAACAAAAGAUCCAGGAAUUUAAUGACCUCGAAGAAAAAGGGAUUAACCAAAUCAAAGGAGAGACUCUUAAAAAGCUCAUACAGGAGUUAGCAACUGCAGAUUGGGCCCUUCGAUACAGAUAUUGGAGUAGGAAACAACAGAGAGACAGAGGUGAAAUGAAAUCCCUCAAAAAUGAUGCAGAAGAUGAGCCUAGUAUUCAACGGAUUAAAGAAUACUCCAUUUUCAUCAAAGAUAUGGAAGCCUUAGAGGCGUAUGACCACUUCUUAGCCCUUUCUUACGAUAAAUCUCAGAUCAGGGAUGUUCUAGAGCUUAGGAAUGAUCUUAGCAGAGAAAUCAACUUUGCAUUCAAUAUCAUGAAAGUAGACAAAAAGAACGAGCAAAGUUUGAUCAAGAAAAUUAAAUGGAAGGAUCUAUUCAAUCAACUUCAGGAGGAACUCAACGGAGAGAAUCAUAAAAAGAGGAUCCAAAAGGAGAAGUCCAAAGAAAACGACUACCUCCUGGACUGAGACCAACUCCAAGCAAUGGAUCUUUGCUUAGGUUUGGAUGCAGGCAUGGUAGGAUAACCUCUAAUUUUUCAAUAUUUAUUAACAAAGUC